GAGGAGGAUUGUUGGAUGAAGGCCAGCCCCAGGACUCUGAGCCAGAUGUCAGAGAAAAGUUGGAUUCUUUUGUGAGCAGCUCACACAGCGUCCACAAGUGCCCUUCCCCGUGGCGGCUCCUGGAGGUGCCGAGGUGCUGGUGCAGACAUGGCAUUUAGAAGGACAGAGGGAAUGUCCAUCAUGCAGGCCUUGGCAAUGACCGUGGCAGAGAUCCCUGUGUUCGUUUACACCACCUUUGGGCAGUCUGUGUUCUCUCAGCUGCGGCUCUCUCCAGGCCUGCGCAAGGUGCUGUUUGCCACAGCUCUGGGGACGGUGGCCCUGGCUCUUGCAGCUCACCAGCUGAAGCGGCGCCGCCGCCGAAAGAAGCAGAUUGCUCCAGACAAGUGCGGCUUCAAGCCAGGAGGGAUCACAGUGCCCAUCCUGCCAACCAGGAGGGUCUCCUCCGUGAAGAAAGGAUACUCCAGCAGGAGAGUCCAGAGCCCUGGCAGCAAGAGCAAUGACACACUCAGUGGGAUUUCCUCCAUUGAGCCCAGCAAACAUUCCAGUUCCUCCCACAGCCUCGCCUCGAUGGUAGCAGUCAAUUCCUCUAGUCCAGUACCCCCAGGGAUGUGGGAGGCCCAGGCAAUGGGAGAUGCUGGAGCCAUUGGUGAUUCCAGUGCAGAAAGCCUCUAUGUUCAAGGCAUGGAGCUGUUUGAGGAGGCCCUGCAGAAAUGGGAACAGGCACUGAGCAUCAGGCAGAGGGACAGUGCUUGUACCAGCACCCCUGUGCCCUGGGACAGCAGGAAACAGCAGGAGAGCAUGUCUGAGACCAUUUCAGAGGAGGAGUCCCAGAAAAGGGAGUUUGCUGAGAAGCUGGAGUCCCUCUUGCACCGAGCCUACCACCUCCAGGAAGAGUUUGGCUCCUCUCUCCCGUCGGACAGCGUUCUGCUGGAUCUGGAGAAGACUUUGAUGCUCCCACUGGCGGAUGGAUCGCUGCGGCUGCGGACGGAUGACGAGGACAGCUCAGCUUCAGAGGAUUCCUUCUUCUCGGCAGCAGAGCUCUUUGACUCUCUCCCCUUUGAGAAAAUGCCAUUCCACCUCUCCAAGCCAGUGGCAGCAUAUGAAGAAGCUCUGCAGUUGGUGAAAGAAGGGAAGGUCGCAUGCCGGACGCUGAGGACAGAGCUCCUUGGCUGCUACAGUGACGAGGAUUUCCUGGCGAAGCUGCACUGUGUCAGGCAGGCAUUCCAGGAGCUGCUGGAGGAUGAAAGCAAUCAGCUGUUUUUUGGGGAGGUUGGCAAGCAGAUGGUGAUAGGACUGAUGACAAAAGCUGAAAAGAAUCCCAAAGCUUUCCUGGAAAGCUACGAGGAGAUGCUGCGUUAUGCCUUGAAGCAAGAGACCUGGCCAACCACUCAGCAGGAGCUCGAGGGAAGAGGGGUGGUGUGCAUGAGCUUCUUUGAUAUAGUGCUGGACUUCAUCCUCAUGGAUGCUUUUGAGGAUCUGGAGAACCCUCCCUCCUCGGUGCUGGCUGUGCUGCGCAACCGCUGGCUGUCGGACAGCUUCAAGGAGACGGCUCUAGCAACUGCUUGCUGGUCAGUUCUGAAAGCAAAAAGGAGGCUUCUGAUGGUACCAGAUGGUUUUAUCUCUCAUUUCUACUCCGUAUCGGAGCAUGUCAGUCCUGUUCUAGCCUUUGGUUUUCUGGGGCCCAAGCAGCAGCUAUCUGAAGUCUGCGGUUUCUUCAAGCACCAGAUCGUGCAGUAUCUGAAGGACAUGUUUGACUUUGACAACGUGAGGUACACCACAGUGCAGCUGCUGGCAGAGGACAUCCUGCAGCUGUCGCGGCGGCGCAGCGAGAUCCUCCUGGGGUAUCUGGGCACCGAGAGUGCCCCGGAGAUGAACGGCACGCUUCCUGGGGAAACAGAGCUGCUGAAGGAGGAGCUCAUCUGAUGGCUGUGGAGGAAAGCACUUUUGUACAAGGACCUUUUCCUCCCAGAGAUGGUUAAAACUACCUGCCAAGUGCAGCAGUGGCAGCAAGACUAUGUGAACACACAACAGUCUGGCGGGACCUUCUGCUUUUUGUAGCCAGUAGUGUUUGCUGGGAUGGAUCCAGGACCACUUGCCAACUUAUGGUUUGAAUUUCUUCUUUGUUCCACCUUCCUGUCAUUAUUAUUACUUUCAAUGUUUCCUAUAUACAUUGUGUCCUGAGCUGCCCGGGCCCAGAUUUUUGCCCAGUUCUCUUGAACAGGGCAAUGUUUGUAUCUGUUUUGCCUUUGUGUUUUCUGGGAGGUGAAUCCCUGACGUUUACGAUUGAGUGUGGGAACAGGAAUAUCAUUGGUAAAUUCUCCACUUGACCACUAGCUUCUCAAGGAGGCUUUGCUUGCUUUGGGAUUUUUAUUACUGUUUUUCUCUGUUGUGUUCCAACAGACAUUAAUUACUGCUGAUUUUUACCUUAAGUGUGAUAACAUACUCAAUGUGACUAGCAAAGAUUUCUUUCCUGGGGAGGAAGAAAUAGUUCUGUAAAGCACUGAAGUAAAAUGCAGACUUGUAAGCAUUUUGUAAGAAGCUCUAGGGAAAGGGGUCUGUUCCCUUGGUAUUGCUGCUCUUUGCAGACCAGAUGACAAGCUCUGUGUCCUGGUCAUCCUUUCUUAGGAGGUUGCUGAGGUCUAUGUUUCCCCCUAAGGCAGGUUAGUGUGAGAGGAGGGGAUUUGCAUGCUGCCUGUGCUUGCACAAAGUCUUUGACAUCCAUCAAAGUGCCUUGCUGGAUUUCAGAAUGAGCCAGCAGCAGCUUUUGCUGGGUAGGAGGUGUGGAGUGUGUACAAGCUGGGGAAAGGGUAAUAAUGUGGUGCUGGGGAAAGGGUAAUAAUGUGGUGCCUAUUGCUGUUGUGCACAGGAUAGUGAGAGGUGUAGAUGCUGGAUGUGAGUUAUGUGUGCAGAUAGUUGAAGAGCUGGGAUCAAGCUUCUAGAGAGGAAAUGACUCUUUAGAGUCUGUCAGUUGUAAGAAAUACAGCAUAGUUUUGGGCAAUGAUCAAAUGUGUGUGAGUAUGGUUGUGCGUCUCAAAUGCUGUGAUCUUGACUGCCCAGCCAACACCUGGAAUCUGGCUGCCUUGGGAUAUGAGCUGAGCUGGAUACUUGUGUAGGACACCAGCAGUGGAGUGUGCUGCACUUAUAAAAAUCACAGAAUAACAGAAUAUGCUGAGUUGGAAGGGACACAUCAGGAUUGAGUCCAACUUAUGUCUCUGUACAGGACACCCCAACAUUCCCACCACAUGCUGAAGGAGUUGUGCAAAUUUCUUGAACUCUGUCAGGCUCGGUGCUGUGACCGCUUCCCUGGGGAGCUCUUCACUCUUCAACUACCCUCUGGGUAGAAAACCUUUUCCUGAUAGCCAACCUAACCUCUCCUGAGGUUCUAACCUCUCUCAGCUUCAUGCCAUUGGCUUGAGGCAGUCCUGGCUUUUGUGUGAGGUUUGCAGUGAUUUGCCUAGUCUUCUGUGAGUGCAACACCACAGAUAAAAGUAGAGAUCCAGCCCACGCCUUCUUCUGUUUCAGUCCACAUAUAAGUCCAAGUCCAACCCUUGGAAUGAGGAGGUCUUCAGGACUUCCACAAAAACAUGAGCCUCACUGUUUUUGUUCCAGACUCAUUAGUUACCCCUUGUGCCUGUUCUGGGUGAAAGACACAAGGCUUACCCGGCCUAUUUUUGCAAGUGGAAAAAAUAUGUAAGAAUCUGGAAUUUCCAUAUGAGUGGAAAGUCAGUGCGUGGGCUUGGAGAAUACAAAUGCUUUCUUCCUCUUCAGAUAUCUAAUGUGAAUUCUGCUGGUAAAAGCAGGAAGGAAGUAAACAGAGAAAAAAAGUAAACAGGAGGAUGUAAAAGGAGCAGAGAAAUAUGCUGAGCCAUGUGUUCCAGGGACACCCUCCCUGAGGAGGGAGGUGGGACCAGAUGACCCACUGUGGUUCCUUCCAACCUGAUCCAUUCUGUGGUUCUGUGAUUCCUUGAAAUGUUUUGAUGUUUGCAGGGGGGUGCAUGUUGAGCACAGUAACAUCUGGUGCUCUGUAAGCACAUCAGACUGAUGUGGCUUAUCCUGGAAACCAGAUUAAUGCAAUAAACAGGACAAUGCUGAGGCAGAAAUUAGGAGCAGCUGCCCCAAGUGAGGCUGCGUGGAAUAAACUGUUAUGAGCAGGAUUUAAGAGACAGCAGUUGAAACUAGGAAAGGUCUCUGAGGUGUCUUGCUCCUGGCAGUGUGCAGGAAGAGAAGAAAUGGAGGAUGUUGUA